AUGUCGAGUUUAAUUAAGAGAAGCAAUGGUCGCAGAAAGGUUGAGAUGAAGAAGAUGAUGAACGAGAGCAACCUCCAAGUCACCUUCUCCAAACGCCGCAUUGGGCUUUUCAAAAAAGCCAGCGAGCUUAGCACUCUUUGCGGAGCUGAGGUUGCUCUUAUCAUCUUCUCCCCUGGUGAUAAGGUCUUCUCUUUUGGUCACCCCAAUGUUAACGCUCUCAUACAUCGCUACCUUAUGGGGGGCCCACCACAAUCACUCGUGGAAGCUCACCGCAGUGCCAACGUGCGUGAUCUCAACGCGCGUUUGACUGAGCUCACUAACCAACUCGAUGCUGAGAUGAUGCGUGCUGAAGAGCUGAAUCAACUGCUAAAGGCCAACGGUAUCAUCAUCAAGCUUGUUGAUGAGAUGAGCAUUCCGCAACUGGAACAGUUCAAGGUGGCGUUGGAAGAGCUGAAAAGGAGCGUCAUCACCCGCCAAUCUGAGAUGAAUCACAUUCUUAAUGCUGUUAAUUACCCAGUGCCACCUGUUACGGUGCUCCAGAACUUUCUGCUGAACAAUGCUCGUGAAUUCGAUGGCAACAUGAUGAAUCGUUUUGGUUUUAACAACAUGGGAGGAUAUGGUCCUGAUGGGUUCUAUUGA